AUGGCGCAGCGGGGGCCUCUAGAUCUCCUAUAUCUUCCAAUUGAGCUGUUAGACGCAAUCGUGGCAUUGCUGGACCAACUCUCCCACUCCGCGCUCGCCUUGACUUGCAAAGCAACGAAUCCGUCCGCUUCAAAAGCUCUGUAUGCAACAUACACCAACCGCGAUGCACCGUUAAAGGCGCCAUUCCACUUGUUUCUGCGCACUCUCUGCGAGCGGCCCGAGCUUGCAGCCAUGGUGAAAGGACUGGACAUUCGAGGCUGGCGAUCCGAAUUCGAAGUUGCGACCGGUGCGCCAUGGCAAGGUGUUACCAAGCCCAGGGAGGAAGACAAGUCACGUACACAGCGAAGUGGACCAUUGUUUGUAUCGAUCAGCAGACCGGCAGAGAAGGUGUCACAGUCAUUUAAGCUGUUUGAGGAGACUGCUGUAAGAGUUGGUCUCAUGUCACCCGACGAAAUUUUCUCCACGCCUGCGCUGAAGAAGACGGUGAUUGUCGGUACAACAUUGAAAAAGCGAGAAGACUUUGCGCAGCUGUUGAAGCAUAGUGCAGAGGAUGCCCAGGUCGUGCUGAUGCUUGCGCUACUUCCUAACAUUGCGAGGCUCUACAUUGACGGCUUGUCGGUUCACUCCAGUCUCGACUGGUAA